CCACAGCCACACGAAUGGCGUCUACUCCAUGGCACCUUGUUGUCUUCACCACCGUUCUUGAUUUUGAUUUCUCAAAUUCCAAACCCUUAUCGUCUCUCUUUCUCUUCAAUCCUCCGCCAGAUACACCCUUUUCCACUAUCCCCUCCCCUGCGCCUUUUUUCCCUAGAUUUUUCUACGCGAUCACUCAGUUUCCGUGCUUGUUCUCCCCGAUCGUCUGUUGGGUCUCGCCGCGGCGGUGUUCUUGCAGCGCUCCGGCGCUCUGGGAGGCUGUUGUCAUCUGGGUUUGUUGGAUAUGGCUGUGGCUUGUUCGAUUGCGGACUAGGAAAGGGGAAUUUGCCGGGAUUCUGUUGAGAUUUGAGCGGAAGAAGGAUGAAAAUACAGUGUGAUGUUUGCGAGAAGGCUCCUGCUACUGUGAUUUGUUGUGCGGAUGAGGCGGCGCUUUGUGCGAAAUGCGAUGUUGAAGUUCAUGCUGCCAAUAAGCUGGCGAGUAAACAUCAGAGGCUUCUCCUUCAGUGCCUCUCCACCAAGCUCCCCAAAUGCGAUAUAUGCCAAGACAAGGCGGCUUUCAUCUUCUGUGUUGAAGACAGAGCACUUUUUUGUCAAGAUUGUGAUGAACCAAUUCACUCAACUGGUAGUCUUUCAGCAAACCACCAGAGGUUCCUAGCAACUGGAAUCAGAGUGGCCAUGAGCUCAAGUUGCUCGAAGGACGUCGACAAGGUCAAGAUGGAACCUCCAAAUCCGAAGAACCCUCAGGUUCCUGCUAAAAUGCCUUCACAACAAGUUCCUAACUUCACAUCCCCAUGGGCUGUUGAUGACUUUCUCCACUUCUCUGAUCUUGAGUCUUCUGACAAGAAAGAGCAUCUCGAGUUCGGAGAGCUAGAAUGGCUAGCAGAAAUGGGUCUCUUCGGUGAGCAGGUUCCGCAAGAAGCUUUAGCAGCUGCGGAAGUUCCUGAGAUUCGGACUUCACACUCGGGUAGUGCAAUCUCAUACAGACCUACAAAGUCGAGCACGUCGUACAAAAAGCCUAGGAUCGAGAUGCCAGACGAGGAGGAGUUUUUCACUGUCCCUGAUCUUGGAUGAAGAGAAGAGAUAAAAUGAUGUUGAGUUGGUAUGCUUAUGAAUAAUACAAUUUAUGACCUUCAACAGUGUAAGUGUUUAUGUAUGUAGUAUUGUCUACAUCUAUGGUUUGAUAGUAUGCAUUAUAGUAUAGUAUAGAAUAGUAGUUUGCUUUGAUCUCAUGGCUAGAAUACUCAUUCAGUCUUGUUACUUUUACUUUUACUUUCGUACCUUACUGUAACUUUUCUUGGAUCUCAUAUGAAAAAUUUAAGAUUAUUUAUGAGAAUUGUAGCUUUUAGGGCUGAAAGAUUCAAGGGCUCUUUGAUAA